CCCGACUCAAGCUUGACCCAACCCGAACCCGCCCGUAAAGAUUAUGAAAUUAACCCGAAAUGACCCGACCCGAGUUGACCCGACCCACACUUACUCGACCCAAACCCGACCUGUUUACCCGAAUUGACAGCUCUACUAGAAUAUCAACAAAUUUUCAUCCUCAAAAGUCAAAACCCUACUUUCUUAAAUCCUUAAAACCUACAUAACCCACACACCUAAAACUUAUAUAAACGCAUGAUUUCAUGAAACCUAAACCCUUGCUGCCACUUCUUUUUUAAGAUCAGAAACUCAAAAUUCUUAAUCAUAUUCAUUAUAUAUUGAUCAUAAAUUUACCCUAAACAACAAUCAUGGUGUUGCAGAACGACACAGAUUUUCUGAACCCGCCGGCGGAGCUAGAGAAGAAGAAGCAUAAGCUGAAAAGGUUGGUGCAGACCCCAAACUCGUAUUUCAUGGACGUUAAGUGUCAAGGUUGCUUCGCUAUUACGACUGUAUUCAGCCACUCUCAAACUGUGAUCAUGUGCCCUAAUUGUCAGACUGUUAUUUGUCAGCCUACUGGUGGCAAGGCUAGGCUUACCGAGGGUUGCUCCUUUCGCCGAAAGGUUGAUUAGUAUGGUUUCUAACGAGUUUCGCCUUCAUGUCACGUGGAUGUUCCAUGUUCGUCUCUACGGAAAUUAAGAUGUCACUACUAGGGUUAGUUUCAUGCAUGAUGGGAGAAGUAAUUAUUAGGAAUUUGUGAUGUUUUUAUGGCAUUAUUAAUCAUCAUUUCUAUAUCUGUGUUUGUUCUGAUUUACAUGUUAUGUUAUGGGGUGAUCAUAAUUCAAUAAAGUUUUUAGCAGUUUGUCCCAUUCGUCUAUUGAAUUUUAGGGCUAAUCUAUGUAAUGUGAUUGUACGUUGCUCCGUCAUUGAUUAAUGAGCCUUUUUUUUUUAUCGAAUUGUCGUCUGUAAUGCCCAUUUAUCGGCUGACAGAUGACAGUUUUCUGCACCUA